AUGCAAGAGGUGCAGAUCGCCGACUCCUUCAUGACGCAGCUUGAAGACCUGGUCUCCGAGAUCGAGACGAAGGCACAAGAAGGCCGACUGGACGCCAUUGAUACAUCGGCGCUACGCAAGCAUAUAAACGAACUCCAUGCUUCGGUUUCGUUUGCUCCCAACUACAGCAGACUACUCAAGGAGAUCGCCUUCCGACUCUGGAAUGUUGCGAUUGAAAUGGGGAGGAAGGACCUGCCCUCCAAGGAGCUCAACGUGCGAGGCCUGCCUAACGACCCUGAGACAAUCGUAUGCUCGUUCAAGUUCUUCUCGAGGACGGGCAAGCUUUGGAGCGUAAGCCAACCAUCGGUCCUUAGAAUCCUGCAUCUAUACGCUAACAAUUUGGUUGAAAAGCUGUGGCAGAGGAUAGAGGCCGAGUUCAGCGAGCAAGCAGCUGAAGGCGAAGUGCAGCAGAUGCUCUUCAUGUUCUUCAUCAGCCAGUAUGUGGUGACUUAG